GCGAUGCUUCCCGGGGCGGGUCCCCUCGCCUUCCUCCUCCGGUGCCUCCUGCUCCUCUUCGCCUCCGAGAGCCGAGCCCGGGCUCGGCCGGAGGCGUUCUGCGACUUCAACGGCAAGAAGUACAGCCCGGGGGAGAGCUGGCACCCGUACCUGGAGCCCCAGGGGCUGAUGUACUGCAUCCGCUGCAGCUGCUCCGAGAGCACCAACAUCAGGUGCUACCGGAUCCAGUGCCCAGCUCUGCCGUGUGCCAGCCCUGUCACCGAGCCCCAGCAGUGCUGCCCGCGGUGUCCCGAGCCCCACUCCCCGUCCGGCCUCCGUGCCCCCGCCAAGUCGUGCCAGUACAACGGGACGACGUUCCAGCAGGGCGAGAUGUUCAGCAGCAGCGAGCUCUUCCCCGGCCGCCAGCCCAACCAGUGUGUGCAGUGCAGCUGCUCCGAAGGCCAGAUUUACUGCGGCUUGGUGACCUGCCCCGAGCUGCUGUGCUCCUCUCCCUUCAGUGUGCCGGAUUCCUGCUGCCAGGUCUGCAAAGAUGGCUCCUUUGAGAAGUCCACGGAAGAGGAGCCCCUGCAGUUAAACAGAGGUGUUAGACACUCACAAGACCAGUGCUUGGGAGACGUGGUGGGGAGGAAGCCACCCGGAGCCACCGUGUCCACGGUCCUCAGCUCUUCCCUGGAGUUGAUUCCCAGAAGCUUCAAACCCAAGGGAACAGGUGGCACCACUGUGAAGAUCGUCUUGAAAGAGAAGCACAAGAAAGCUUGUGUUUACAACGGGAAGACCUACUCGCACGGGGAAGUGUGGCACCCCGUCUUCCGGCUCUACGGCCUCCUGCCCUGCAUCCUCUGCACCUGCAGGGACGGCGUCCAGGACUGCCAGAAGGUCACGUGCCCUAAGGAGUAUCCCUGUGACUAUCCAGAAAAAGUAGAAGGGAAAUGCUGUAAAGUAUGCCCAGAAACCAGAGUCAAACCCACGGAGGAGAUGGCCACCCCCCGGUGUGGCAAGAGCCCCAGCCGUGUCCUGGUGUACACGUUUGUGCCGCCGCGCUCCGAGCCCUCCAAGGAGAUCCUCAGGACCAUGGCCAUCGAGAAGGAGCUGGCAGAAGAGGUGGAAAUCUACAACUGGAAGCUGAUUAAAGGAAUUUUCCAUCUGAUCCAGACCAAGAAGAUCAGCAAGCAAGAAUUCAAGCAAGAAGCACAAAACUUCAGGUUGAUCACUAGGACAAACGAAGGUCACUGGAACAUCUUCCGAGCCCACACGUCGGAGCUGAGGAUGACAGAAAGCCCAGAGAAGGAAACGAAGACCUUGUAAAGCAAAGAACUUUUCUCUAACUAUUGAUUUAUCUACACACAGACACACAUACACAUAUAUAUGAACUCCAGAGCUGCAUUAUUAAAUAGACUGGCACUGCAAUACAGGUUACACUAGUGGAAAUUCCAGCAACUCCAGAGAACGAUCCCAAUCCGUCGGCAUCGAAGCCACAGCCGUGUAGGUGCCUCUCUCCGGCGGGAGAGCCAUCACCUCCCGCUGUCCCCAAGAUGUUGGAUGAGCAGAGGCAGGAGGGAGAGAUGGUGGAGGGGUGGGACCUGCUGUGACAGGAGGAGGUGGGAUCCAUCCCGGACACCCUGGCAUUCCUGAGGAGCACCAGGAGCGCAGCUAAGCGGAAGAUGACCGUGCUUCUUACCAGCUGAUGGUGGAAAGGUGGCCUGCAAAGAAAGAAAAAUCAUCCCUCCUCCUUUCCUUGGAGCCCCUGGGAGCUGCAAAGGGGUUUCUUUGGCUGAAUGCCCUCCAAGGGGUGUUUUUGAAAAAUCUCCUGUCUUCCAGCUGGGAUGAUUCUUUUCCCUCUUUGCAGGUCACUUGAAAAUGUAGGUUUUGGGAGGACCCACCUGCUGGCAGGGUCUGAGACCCUGAACGCUGCACUAAGGUUGCUACUCAGCAUUUAUUGUGCUAUAUAUUUAUAUCUAUCCUAUAUAAUAUCUACUGGGCUGUAUUCACAGGAGGGGCAUCUCCCAAAGGGCAAUCAGGAUCAUUUCUGCAGCGUGGGGUGGAGGGCGUGCAGCAGCAUCACCUUCCCCCUGUCUGGAAACAGCUUUGGGGGAUUUUCAGGUUGUUUUGGUACAUAUAUUUAUCCCUGGAUUCUUGUUUUAUUCUGUUUUGAUAAAUCUAUUUAUUUGGAGAUCCAACUCUGUCUGACAAAUCUGAUUAAAAGUCUUCUUGAUUCA